UACGCCCCUUCCAUCCGACAGUCAAAACUUCCCAUUAAACCCUCCGGACCUCAAGAUAUGCCCAAACUCAUCAAGAUAACAGGUCAGACCCUCAGCAACGAGAAAGAAAAAGUCGUAUGGGUCGGGUUCGUCGAAUUAUAGACGCGUCCUCUCUGAUGGCUGUGACCCUGCUGCCAAACGCCUGAGGGGGAAAGAUGCUGUUCUUUAUGGUGAAUCACAAUCGGCUGCUUACGCUGUGUCUCUUCAACAGCCUCAUUUGCCCAACAAGGCCAAAACGACUCCAUAUCGACGGUCGACGGUGACAACGGCGUCCAGAAUAGAUCCGAAAUGGAAAAGAUAUGGAUAUGGAUCCUGGUCCCUCGUUCCCCUCCCAGACCGAAGAGGAGAUGGAGGCACGGGAGGAUUCAUGGGCCGAGACUGUAAAUCAGUUCGUUCGGGAGCAAGCGCAAAAGAGCAAGCCCAAGAAAGCGCAGGACCAACAUCGCGCAAUGACUGUGCGGCCCAACAAACGGAAGAGCAUCAGACAGACUUGUUCGAUACCUAUCUCCGACACCAGCACCUUGGCGACUGAUCCUCCUGAAAAGAGCUCUCCGCAAAGUGUCCAGCCUGUUUUUGGACCCCGUGUCGAAGGAGAUUUGCAAGCCGGUGAUAAACGACCACAUUCUCCCCAGCGACGGCAAUCUCAGUCACUCUAGACCCUUCCACAGCUGCCAAGAAUGACUUUUGCCAAGGUUUGGCCGCCCAGUUUUCUGUACAAGACCUACAUCGAGUACGCAGAGCACAAGGAGGAUAACGAGGGGGGACAUGAGGCUGUGGUCGAGGGAGACAGCGCAUGCUCGGAUGAGUGGAAAGCAAAGAAUGGUGGCGCAGGCCAUUAUGAACGAGUUCCACCUGACGAAUCUGGCGAAGAUGGAUGGAGAAGAAGUACCAAGUGACGAACGGGAAGUUGAAGGCGGCAGAGAAAAAAGCUUGCGGAAGUGGCAGGGGCAAAACGUGUUGAACAUAGAAGGAGACGACGAAGGCGGAGCGGAAGGAGUCGAAGGGAAGACGUGCAAUGUACAAUAAAUUGGUAAACCUCUCUAGCUCCGAGUACGAAGCACAGUUGGAAGUCGGUGGUCUGUCCGAGGUCGAGCAGAAAGGAUAGCCAUCAAGUCAGACGUCUGUGAUGUGCUUAUAGAUUAGCAGGGUGGAAACCUAGAUAACAUUUAGCUUGUAGUGGCGAGCGUAGAAAUGUAUAUAGGUCCAUAGUAGCCUGGUACUGAACUGCUUUCCCCUUGACUCUGGUUAGACGGAGAGCUAAGCGUUGGUACCAGUAUAAUAAACCAUUAUUCGUUCAACCGCUGAGUAACCACUGGUUCAAAUUACGUAAUGCCCCCUCCCAACUAGUUACGUCAUGAGAUUGGCU